AUGUUUAGUGAUUCACAAUUUACGCAAAUUGGAAGUGUUUUGCUUCAAGAAUCUGAUGAUAUUAGUGAUUCGCCGUCGAGAAUUUCUGAAAACGAUGAAUUGUUAUACAAAACGAGGUCAGUUGUUUUAAUAAUUAUAAUAUAAACAUUUCAAAGAGAUUAUUAAUGUUGAAAAUGUUGUUUUUUUUCCCAAACAUUUUGAAAAAUGAAUACACUUUCAAUUAUUUUCAGCACAUUCCGAAAAACUCAAAAUAUUCUCUCAUCAUUUAUUUGUUCUGCAUUUAUUCUAUUACUAGUUAUUGUUGCUUUAUUAUUAUUCAACGCAUUUUUCCAAAUCAAGAAAAAUGAAUGUUCGGAUAAUUCUUCUGAAUCUUCUUCCGAUUCUGCAGAAGAUCUCAAUUUUAUUUCGAAAAAACUUGCGGAUGAACUGAAUGCUGAUAAUAUUCGAAAUAAUUUGGAAAUUUUGGCAAAAAAUACACAUAUUGCGGGAACCAGGGAGCAAUCACAAUUAAUGCAUUAUUUGGCAGAAAAAGUUAGUUUCAUUUUUAAAAAAUUGAAGGAUAGAUAACUAUAGUGAAUCUCACAUAUUUAGAAUUGUGAAGCGUCAAAAUCUCUUUGAAUAACUAUAUAUUUUUUAGAAUUUAUUCAUAAACCUUAAGAAAAUUUUUUUUUGUUACUCCUGCAUUUUUUUAUAGUUAAUAAUAUAAAACUAAUUCUUUACAGUAUACAAGUUACGGAUUCUCUGUGAAAAUCUACAACUACACGGUUCUUUUGAACUACCCUCAAAUCAGUGUGCCAAACUUGGUCGAACUCAAAAAAUACAACGAUGAAUGGAUGACAAUUAGUUUUGGACGCGGAACACCUUUAGGUCCACAACAAGCAAUCGAUGAACAACAAGAUAUUCGAUCUCAACAAUGGUGGAAUGCAUAUUCAGCAAAUGGAAGUGUGACUGGACAAAUUGUUUAUUGUAAUUAUGGAACUAAAGAUGAUUAUGAUGUUCUAGCACAGGUGUAACGAACUAAAUUUCUUAAAAAUAAAUAAGUAAAUUUUCUAGAUGGGUGUGACAGUUCGAGGAAAAAUAGCGCUGAUUCGAUAUGGCGCUUUGAAGCGGAAUGAGAAAGUUCGAAUUGCUCAAAAUAUGGGAAUGACUGGUGUGCUGUUUUUCAGCGAUCCGGUUCAUUAUACCUCAAAUAAUCGAUCAAAUGUGAGUUCUACAAUUUUUAUGGACUGUUAAUUUAAAAAAAAAAUCAAAAUUUUGAACCCUUUUUGCUCUAAACCCAAGACAAAUAAUUCUGAAUUUCCAGGUGUUCCCAGAAAGUAUUUAUCUACCCGGUGAUGACGCUCAACGUGGUUCUGUUCUUGCAACACUUGGAGAUCCUCUAACUCCACUUCUUCCAUCCCUAAUCUACACACAACGACAGGAAACUGAAAAAUCUGCAAGAGCCAAAAGUUUGAUGCCAAAUAUUCCUGUCACACCAAUCAGUUAUAAUGAUGCAAAUAAAAUUAUGGAAUUGUUAGAUGGUGAUGUUGUUCCCGUAAGUUUCGAAAACAAAGAUUGAAUAAAAUAAAAAAUUUUCAGUCAUUUGAAUGGAAAGGUGGAUUAAGAUCUGUGUACAGAUUAACUGGAGAAAAAGAGUUUCGAAUGACUGUGCAUUCAAGAUUUGUCCAUAGAACUAUUUCAAAUGUUAUCGCAACAUUGCCUGGGGCAACAGAACCGGAUAAUUGGAUAAUGGUUGGAAAUCAUGUAGAUGCUUGGGGAAAUGUACGUUUUUUUCUGAAUUUUUAAAUUUUUUUCAAAUUUUAGGGAGCAAUUGAUCCAAUAUCUGGAACUGCUACUCAACUAGAAAUUGCAAGAGUGAUGAGUUCAGUGUUUUCAAAGAAUCCAACAAAGCGAUCUCUAGUGUUUUGUCACUGGGAUGCUGAAGAAUAUGGAUUGAUUGGUUCAACUGAAUGGAUUGAAGAAAUGCAACAUAUUUUGCAUCGGAGAGCAAUUGCUUAUAUAAAUGUGGAUCAUAUCGCUGGAAACUUGGUGCCUGAUGUGAAAAGUGUUCCACUUUUAUAUAGAGCAAUAGUGGGAGCUGCUAAAAAGUGAGUUUCAUUUUUUUGAAAUUGUUCAAUUGAAACAAAUAAUUACAGAACAAAACAACAAAACCUUCUGGAACGCUCAAUGGGUCGAACACGUCUUUUUGAUUCUUGGAGAUAUCAUCGAGGAAAAGGUCCAAUUUUAGGAGAUCGCGGUGUUCCGGAAAUUGGUCUCCCAUCUUCAGGAAGUGAUUAUUAUCGAUUCAUCUCAUUUCUUGGAAUCCCAUCAGCUGAUUUGAAAAUUGAGAAGAGUCCAGGAAUGUCAUACCCUUUAUAUCACUCAAUGUAUGAAACACCGUGGACUGUUAAAACAUUGAUGGAUCCUGGAUUCACAUCUUUUUUAACACUUGGACAAUUUUGGAUGGAGUUGAUUCAUAGAUUAGCAAACUCACCAAUUAUUCCGUUUGAUGUGAUUGAUUAUUCAACAGUGGUAUCUGGAUUGGUUCAAAAGGUAAUGGUUUUGAAAAUUGUUGUUCCAGAAAACAUUCAAGAUUUUUCAGGUUGAAUCUCAUCUUAAUCACCUCAAUCUCACACAAACAGUGAGCACUUUGAAUGAUCAAUUUUUCAUGUUGAAAGAAGCUUUGAAGCGUUUCAAUCAUAUAACUCGUGAAUUCCAUUCAAAAAUCACAGAUAUUCAAACUGGUUCCAAAGAUGCUGAUUUCAAACUCAUAUCAAUAAUUAAUAAUCGACUGAUUGAAAUUGAAAGAUGUUUUAUUGAUUGGACUUUAGGGGCUGAAUUGAACAGACAUGUUAUCUUUUCCCAAUCUCGAAAUUAUCAUCAUUUAGCAUUUUUGGCAUCAAUUCAAGACAACGCAAAGAAUGUGCAUUUAUACGGAAAAUCGGAAGAUAUCAAACUUUUGGGACUUGCUAUUUCAAAACUUCAAUUGUCAAUUGAAUCCGCUAUCAAAGUUUUGACAAUUUGA